AUGCAAGCGGACCAACCGGAGGAGUACGAUGCACUGUGGAUGCUGGAGAGGAAGGCGCGCAGCAUCGGCCAGGAAAGUCAAGAAUCUCUGCAGCCAUUCUCGAGCGAGUCGUACUCGCCGUCGAAGGUGCACGAGACUUCGGUGCCUAAUGAUUACGUCACGCAAGGUCAUGUGUACAGCGGAAAUGCUUACGCGCCGAUGAUACGGACCUCUUAUGUCUGCACCGAUUGUGGCAAGAAAUACAAGUGGAUGGACAGUCUGAAGAGACACCAGCGUGUCGAUUGCGAGCGGAAGUACUCGCCAAGUGCCGCCAUCGAAUGGUACUACCAGUACCAGACGAUGUAUCUUCGGCUGAUGGCGGAAAACCAAUUAACGAAAGAACCAACGAAGGAAACAGCCGUAAUUGAGACGAAUGUUUGUCCUGACAACUAUGCUGUUACCGAGAAGAUCCAAAACAGUCAACCACUUACGGAAGUCAACAGUAAUCAGGUAACCGCGGGUCAUCGCGAUUACUCUUGUCCACGUUGCGGAAAUGCCUACACUAGGCCGCACUCGCUCAAUAGGCAUAUGAGAUUUGAGUGUGGCGUGGAACCACAAUUUGAAUGUCCUAUCUGCCAUAAGAAGUCCAAGCAUAAACAUAAUCUUGUAUUACACAUGAGAACUCAUCAGAAACCUUGA